AUGGAGUCAGAAAAAUCGAUUGAAGUGGCUCGUAACAGAUUAGAUACUGCCACCAUCGCCUGGCACGCCAUUCAUAAGAAGCGGAAAGAGCUUCGGCCUCAAAACUGGGAAGACAUUUAUCAAGAGUUCAAAGACGCCAAAAAAGCUCUCCAAGCUCUCGUCAAAGAUGUCCAUAGCAAGGAAAUCAAGCAAGAAUCACUAGACAAACUUCCAGAUACCGCGGCAUCAAGGAUUGUAGUACCACCAGGAUUAUCAGAGGCUUCUUCAACUCAUCCCAUUGACGUUGAAAAAACUGAGUCUACACCAAGCACUUCUACGAAUAUUGUGUCAGCGGCUAUUACCCAGCAGCCUCUAAGUACAUCUUUCACAACCAAAGGUGCUUCUUUAGUAGUGAACACAAAACUUGGUGUCCAGGCGGUUCGGAAUGUGCUUAAUACCCUUCCAUUGGUUCAAAACGCGCCCAUAACACCUCAGAUGGUUCCAGAAGCGUUGAACAACCAAAUUGCGCAUGGAAAUCUACUAGCAUCCGCAACAGAAGCCACUGGCACAAUGCUACCUACCACCACGCUUCAGACACCUCAAGCCGCUCGUAGCGAGCCACCAGAGUCUACACCAGCGCCUCUUACUCUGCAGACACCUCAAGCCGCUCGUAGCGAGCCACCAGAGUCUACACCAGCGCUUCCUACUCUGCAGACACCUCAAGCCGCUCGUAGCGAGCCACCAGAGUCUACACCAGCGCCCGUUACUCCUCAAACACCUCAAGCUGCUCAUAGUGAGCCACCAGAGUCCACACGAGCACCUCUUACCCUUCAAACAUCUCAAGCCACUCAUAGCGAGCCACCACAGUCUACACCAGCGCUUUCUACUCUUCACACACCUCAAGCCACUCAUAGCGAGCCAUCAGCAUUCGUUCCAGAGCCUACUACCUUGCUCAAGCCUAUGAAGACGCUUUCUGGACCUGUUGGCACGAUGCUGACUACUGGCAUGCCUCAGACAUCUCUAACUGCUCAAAGCAAGUCACCGGCAUCUCCACUAGCUCUUUCUACCUUGUUCAAGCCCGACGACAUGCUUUCUAGAACAGCAGGUACUUUGAGAACAAAUGAUGGACCAAGAUUAAUGGAUAUUGAUAUGGAGUCUAACUCUGAUGAAAAUUCUAUGCGGCUCAUGAAAGAUUUGGCUAUAUUCGAUAUUCCUAUUGACCCAGUCCUUCUGGGAAAUGACCAUAAAGACGUAUCGCAGCAAGAUUCAAAGCAAAGCGAGAUAGCACAUCAGUAA